GCCAGGAUGCAGGAUAUGGACAUCAUGGAUCUGCACCCCUCCCUUACACCUGAGGUUGAAGACUUUCUGCCAGAAUUAGACCUGGAUGGCUUUCUGGAACACGAGGAUUUUCCUUUUGACUUCAAUGAUGCUCUGUUUGACCUGGACUUUAAUGUGGACAUACAGACUGGUGAGGUUGCCAUACCGACAGCUGUGGCCGAGCCAGGCGACCAGAAACAGAACUGCGAGACACAGAGAGCGCUUGGUGACGGACAGAGGAAGAGGAGAUCGACAGAGGCUGGUGAUGGACAGAGGAAGAGGAGAGCGACAGAGCUUGGUAACGGACAGAGGAAGAGGAGAGCGACAGAGCCUGGUGACGGACAGAGGAAGAAAGCGAAGAGGAGAGCGACAGAGCCUGUGGACGGACAGAGGAAGAGAGAGACCCAGACAGACUCUCCCAUCAGAGGUUGUGCUGGUUCUCCUCCCCUCUCGGCCGUGACUCUCUCUUCUCCUCCUCCCAGACUUGUCCAGAUCGCUCCUUCUCUCUUUUACAUUCCUGGGUUUGGGACUGCUACUUUCAUCUCUUCGUGUAGCAAUGGCUCAGAGCUGCAGCUCGUUCAAGCCCCUGUUUUCGGCUUCUCAAGACCUCCCACCUACAUACUGAUGUCUUCUCCCUCGCUGUCUCCUAGAACCCUCGACGUCCUACCUCUCUCUCCAGUUGACGGCGCGUUAGCUCCAGACUCUAUGUGUUCGUAUCCUCCUGGGUCUCUGUCUGACUGUGCCAGCCAAGCCCUGUCUCCCCCCUCUGCCUCCCCCCUCUCCCCCAGGACAGAGGAGUACAUUCACCAAGCCAAGGCUCACCUGAGGGGAAUGUGCCAGGAGAUGGAGGCGGGCCUUAGCCUGGCGUCCCACUAUGUUGACGUGCGAUUGGUCCAGAGGCAGAUCCUGAUUGGCUCAGGGAAGAACACCAGCAAGUGCCUGGAGAAAGAUUUGGUCGUUAUCGGAGACGCGGAGAGGAGGCGGGGCUCGUUGGCCAGGAGUCAG